UUUGAGACGCCUGAGCUGAAGCCUGAAGGGGAGUCGUUGUCCGCGGUGCUGAAGAUCGCGCAGGGCGAAGGUGCAGCCGGGCCGUCAGAGUUCCCAGAUUGCCUUUCCCGUGCAGGCGGGAUUCCUUGGAUCAGACAUGAGGGUAGUCUUUGGCUCCCGUCAUCAGCCUGAUGGGCUGACAGAGAGGGGGCCCUAAAGUCAUACCUCAGGACAUCCUGGGGGCCCUCGACCGCUUUCCUUCUCUACUCCCACCCCAGGCUCGAAACAAAACUGGGGAGACUUCUGGGGGAAAAAAAUCCCAGCCCCGCCCUGCCUCUAACCCUUUCAGUCUUCCGAGCCGAGCAGGUCCGCUUGUUAGUGCGGGAGGGUGGGGAAAGGCAGCGAUCAGCAGCGGUCCUGUCCUAGCCUUAAGUGAAGAAAGGACUGGAGAUGAGAGAGUUGGGACCUGGCUGGCCAAGGCCUGAGCUUGGUCCUGGGAUCUGCGGAGUCCCGUCCCUCUGGCCAUAGAUCUCGUUCCCCGGACAGGGGCGCCCCCGUGUGGUGUUAGAGGAGCCACGCUGCUGCUUCUGGCUUAGUGGAGCUGAUUCCGAAAGGGAAUGUCGCCAGAUCAAGUGGUGAGAUUUGCGUAGAGUUUGCAGUUGACUCUCGCCUCACCUAUGUAGGAUUUUUAUCCAAAAAUAUGGAAUCCCAGUCGGAGGAGUGGGACUAUGUCUCCUGUAGGCUCUCCCAGCAGUUUGAAAUCAUUAUUGGGUCCUGGAAAGGUUUACUUUGGGUAUAAUCCAGGAAAAAGGGGUCAGGGCCGGCUCUGAGGGGGGUUUCUUCUUCCUCCUCUCCUGAUGCAUUUGACUGGCUGUCAGCGUAUGAUGGGAAAAUCUGUGAACCCGCUGCACCAGGACAGAGGGACACAAAACAGUUAUGAGAGAAGUGGAUUCAGAGCCAGGAGACAGAGACCAGCAGGGACACAUCCCUGCUGCCUCUUCUUUACCAUCCCAAUACACUGGCCAAUUCUUCCUUCUCCCUCCUGCUCUCUCUCCCAUUGGUCUAGGAAGUCUGAAAGUGUGGGAAGUUACCAUGACAACUGUGUCCUCUUACCCUUUCGCAUCACCGUAUCAAACUGAGAGGAGGAGGGGUGCGGCAGGCAGAGAAGGGGGAGCUGAAGAGGGGCAGUAAAAGAUAAGGUUUAUUCCCCUUCCAGCUCCCUUUUCAAAAUCCGUGGGUGCCCCAUUCCCCGUCAGAAAUCCAGAAAACAUUUCCAGAGAAGGCUGUGAGUAGAGUCCGUCCCCCCCUUACCGCUGUCGCCGCCUCGCACCAUCAGAGGAACUUUGGGGACGGGUGCUUCAGAUGAUGGGGACAUGGUGAGUUCCCCUCAUGUGGCCCGGAGAAGAUAGGGAACGGAAUGAGGCUCUCAUGUCUUAAGAUCCUGGUCUUGCCGGUCCGCCCCUCCGGCGCCGCCCACUCAGGGCCCAAUAGGAUGGGGGCGGAGACUGGACCGCCCAGGGCCUUGGGGGCGGAGCUUGGCUACUGCGCUCUGUGCCGAACCAUGAACCGAUGCCCCCGCAGAUGCCGGAGCCCGUUGGGGCAGGCAGCGCGAUCCCUCUAUCAGCUGGUGACUGGGUCACUGUCGCCAGGCCUCUCCUCACCCCACUACACACUCACGCACUACCACCACCACCAGCAGCAGGAGCAGGUCCUGGAGCAGUUUGGCCUCUUUGAGCCUGUCUCCUUGGAAGCCAGUGUGGAGGAUGAGUUUGAACUGUCCACCGUGUGUCACCGGCCUGAGGGCCUGGAGCAGCUGCAAGAGCAAACCAAGUUCACGCGCAAGGAGUUGCAGGUCCUGUACCGGGGCUUCAAGAACGAGUGUCCCAGCGGAAUCGUCAAUGAGGAGAACUUCAAGCAGAUUUACUCCCAAUUCUUUCCUCAAGGAGACUCCAGCACAUAUGCCACUUUUCUCUUCAAUGCCUUUGACACCAACCAUGAUGGCUCGGUCAGUUUUGAGGACUUUGUGGCUGGUUUGUCAGUGAUUCUUCGGGGAACCAUAGACGACAGGCUGAACUGGGCCUUCAACCUGUAUGACCUCAAUAAGGAUGGCUGCAUCACCAAGGAGGAAAUGCUUGAUAUCAUGAAAUCCAUCUAUGACAUGAUGGGCAAGUAUACGUAUCCUGCACUCCGAGAGGAGGCUCCAAGGGAACAUGUGGAGAGCUUCUUCCAGAAGAUGGACAGGAACAAGGAUGGCGUGGUGACCAUUGAGGAAUUCAUUGAGUCUUGUCAAAAGGACGAGAACAUCAUGAGGUCCAUGAAGCUCUUUGACAAUGUCAUCUAGCUCCCCAGGAGAGGGGAUCAGUGAUCCUGGGGGGACCAUCCUAUAGUCCUAGUGCAGGUGGACUGCACCCUUUUCUUCCCAGGUCUGUCCUCAUCCUAGCCCUGCCCUGGGGGCUGUAGGAAUCCAAGAGCCUGGGGAUUCAGUGGUCCAGAUCUGUGGAGCUGAAGGGGUCAGGGAAUGGGGAGAGCAUAUCUGCGGGGUGUUCCCAGCUCCCAACAGCUCUUACUCCCUUCCUGCCUGACACUCAGUGUUGAGGGUGCCCCUGCUAUAGAAGUUGAGUGGUUCUCCACCUUCCACCCCAACUCUAGAAACCACAACACUAGACAAAAUGUCUCCUGCUAUGGUGCUUCCCCAUCCCUGAUCUCAUAAACAUUUCCCCUAAGACUCCCUUCUCAGAGAGGCUGCUCUGUCCUUGGCACUGACUGGCCUUUCAGACCAGGGCCUUUGAGAGCCCUGUAGGAGGGGGACAAGAAUGUAGAGGGAGAAAUCCUGGGCCUGAGCCAGUGGUCCUAGGAGGUGGCUGGGGUAGAGAGCAGAAAGUCCUGGAGAUUGUCAGUGAGAGCUCAGGCAUGCCAGGCUGUGGAACUCUGAGCUCCAUAGGUCUGCUGUCCCAAGCCAUGAGGAUAUGAGUUUCCAGGUUCUUCAGAAAACCUUGUCUUCUUGGAAACACCACAGAAAUUUUCCAUACCAUUUUCAGUAUCCCAGGAGAGCCUGGGAUCCUAAUGUCUCACUCAUCCCUGGAAAUCCUUCCUCUCCUUCCUUCCUGUUUGUAUGGUGGUGGUGGCAGCAGGGGAAAUAUGGGUGGGAGAUGUCCUGGCUGAUACCUGCCAAAGUCUCAGCCUACCCUCUCUGAUGGCUACAGUUUAAGUUUUCAUUUGCCAUUUCCUCUGGAGGCAUAGAGUAAGUCAGGGACUAUCCAGUGGAUACCCUAGAAGGAGGGAGGCAGGCAUAGCAUCUGAACCCAGUGUGGGGGCAUUCAUUAGAAUCUUUGAUUUACCCAGGCUCUAUUCCAAGCCCCCACAUAACCUCCUCAGUUCCCACUUAGAGUCUCCUUUUGCUCUAUUGAAUCAACCCAGAGAUGCCCCUGAGCACACCUAGAAGGCAGGGACCAUAGGACCCAGGUCCCACCUCAUUGUCAGCACCCCUACCAUGCUGCCACCCCUUAAUACACUUGCUUGUCCCAUUUAGCUGACCCUCCCAGUCAGCCAGGAUCUGAGGGGAAGGGCCCCCAGAGAACCCCUUUUCUCAUCAGAACACUGUUGACUGCUUUGCAUUUUUGGCUCCUCUGUAUAUUUUGUAAAAUAAGAAAUACACCAGAUCCAAUAAAACACAAUGGCUAUGCA